CUCUUCACUGCCCAAAAGCUUCCCCUCUUUCUCACACAAAUCUCGCCGUCGAUUCUCUUUAAAAACCCGCCGCCUCCCUCUCAAAAUCUCCUCCACUUCUUCCGCCAUGACCUCCGCCGAUCACUCAAACGUAACCGUCUCUCUCCUCCAUCCCCCCUACUGCAGAUCCAAAUCCCUAACCUCCGACGAGCUCCGCAACUUCCGAAUCAGCCUCAAAUGGUGCGCCCUAGACCACUCCUCCACCGCCGGGAAGUUCGUCUCCUACUUCGCCUUCGUCCUCUUUGCCGUCGUCGUCCCCGCCGUCGCGAUCGUCGCCGUCCAUGUCCCGAUCGACGAUCCGAUCUCGUUCAACAAACUGGUUCAGGUUCCGGAAUCCGGCCUGGCCGCGAUCGGAUUCUUCACGCUGUCGCGAUUCUUCCGGCGGUACGGCCUCCGGCAGCUGCUGUUCCUGGACGGAUUGCAGGAGGAUUCCGUGUACGUACAGCGGGGGUACGCGCGUGAGCUCGACAAGUCGUUCCGUUAUUUGGCGUACAUUCUGUUUCCGUCGUUCUUCGUGGAGCUGGCCCACAAGAUCUCCUUCUUCACCACCGUCAAGAUCUCCUUCCCCGGCGGGUUUCCAAUGAACUCGAUAAUGUUCGUGCUCGUGUUGGGGGCGUGGGUGUACCGGACGGGGGUGUUCUUGUUGGUGUGCAUAUUGUUUCGGCUCACGUGCGAGUUGCAAAUUUUGCGACUCCAAGGAGUGCAGAAGUUGUUCGAAGGGAGCAGCGGAUCGGGAUCGGAGGCGGCGGUGAUCUUCGACGAACACGUGAGGAUCAAAAAACAGUUGUGGGUUACGAGCCACCGGUACCGGUUCUUCAUCAUAGGGUGUUUGUUGGUCAUCACUGUCAGCCAGUUCGUGGCGCUGCUACUUGUUUUGGCCUCCAAAACUCAGAAGAAUUUCUUCAACUCCGGCGACGUCGUGGUUUGCUCGGCGGUGCAGUUAUGCGGAUUCUUCUUGUGCCUAUUUGGAGCGGCAAGAAUAACUCAUAGAGCCCAAGGGAUUGUUUCCAUAGCUUCCAGAUGGCACAUGCUCGUUACUUCCCUCGCCUCCGCCGCUGGAUCGGACCAGACCAAACCCCCGACGCCGCACCCUGACGGCAGCGGCGGCGACGGCGACGACACCGAUUCCGACUCGUCGGGCGUUUUAAUUUCGGUGAGCGCGCAUCAACCUUCAUCCUUCCAGACCAGACAAGCGCUAGUGUCGUAUUUGCGGCACAACAACGGCGGAAUUACGGUGUACGGAUUCGCGCUGGAUCGGGGAUUGCUCCAUACGCUCUUUGCGUUUGAAUUCUCCCUGGUGAUGUGGAUUUUGAGUAAGGUGGUUGUAUUGUCUUAGUUAGAGGGAAAGGUAUUAACAUAAUUAAUUUUUAAUUGUGAGAA